ACCUGGUUUUUUUAACCUUUUUUUAAUAAUAUUUUAAAUUUAACCCGUAUUGGUUUUUAUUUACAGGGCGUAGCCCAUUUGGUCGCGCCAGCCCGCAUGGCGCGACAGAUAGCCUCUGUCGCGCCAGUGCAUGUGGCGCGACAGUGUGGCCACGCUGGUGGCCCGAGCCAGCGCUGCACCGCGACGGCGAUGACGUGGCCCUUGCUGUCGCGCCAUGCGGGCUGGCGGGACAAGGCCAAUAUCCUGGCCCGCGCCGGCCUCUUCUCCCCCACCCUCCCUUUCUUUCCCUCACUCCUUCCCGACCAGAGCAACAGCAGGUCGUCGCUGCCGGCCGCCCCACCCCCCAGAUCCCUCCAAAUCCGGCCUUGGGGGGGGAGUUGGGGGAAACGUUCCCCACCCUUCUCCGAAGUGCACAUGGCAAUGAGCGAUGCCCGGUACAAGCUGCUUGGUGGUGGACAGUACACAUCCGAAUGUGAUGAGGAUGCCCCAGUCCCUCCUGCCCUUCCAGAUCCAUUCUGUCGUUGUGAACCGGGCAAUCAGCUGGCAGAGUGGAUCGAUGGUUCGGAUAAGUUCGAUCCUAGAAUUCGGCUGUUCCCUUAUUAUCGGUCAGAGUCGUGGGCGUACAAUGAGUUUAGACGAUGGGUCCCUCCCCCACCAAAUCCAUCACCUAUGACAGAGGAAGAGAAGCAAGAAGCUACUAUAUAACGUGUGAACAAUCCUCCCAAAUAUCAUUGUGGUGUUCGUGCCAAACUUCAAAGGCAUAAUAUUGGUGUCCCUCCAAAGUUCACUCCCUUUUUUAGAUGCUCGCUAAAGACUAGAGUAAGUGUCAUGUAGCGUAGCAUUGAUUCUUUAAUUUUGCAGGAGUAGAUGCUCGCAAAUGUUAUGUGUC